AUGAUUGUAUCCAGAUUAUCUUCUAUCAAUAGUCUUAGGACUAUAUCACCCUCUAUCAGUGGUAUUAAUUUUAGUCAAUCACGUACUAUUGUUGGAUUUGUGAGAAAUGCACUAGGUCUGGAACCUCCUCCAAAUCCUGAUGAGCCUCAAGUAGGUAAUAGAUUUUUUCCUUGGGAACAAUCUCCAUCUGCUGAUUUACGUGAAAGGGCUGCUAGAAUCAAGAAAUUAGCUAAAUGUCCUGUGACUGGAAAGGAUAUUGAAUAUACUUGUCCAAUAUCAGGUAUCCCAACUCAUCACUCUAGGGAAGCUUGGGAAAAGGAUGAAAAUUAUCAUAAGAAUAAGAUCUAUGAAAAAUUAAAAAAGGUUAAUAUGUACGAACAUGAUUUAAGAAGUGGUAGAUCUUUCCCAGAAUUCAAUUUUCCUCAUGCUCAGGGGAUGGAUCGUGCAAUCAAUUUACAGAACUGGGAUUUAUAUUUUUACACUAGAGGAUUUUACUCUAUGGAUACAGAAUUCCAAUUGGCUACUGUUACCAAAAUGUUAAGUUACCCAUUAACGAUUGGCUCUAUUCUGCAUGAAUUUUCACCUUACUCCUUAUACCCUCGUGGUCCUAUAACACUUGAAGGUCUUAAAUCUAUUGCUGCUCUAAGGUAUACUCUGUACCCUCAACAACAUAAAACUGCCACUCCAAAGGAUAGGCCAACAAGAAUCUUUAUUCUAGGUGCUCGUGCUGAGAGUCAACUUCCUGGUCACGUUUGGAAACAAUUGCAAUACUUGUUUCCAACUCAAAGUUUUGAUAUUCAUUUUAUUGGUCCGGAAUGUAUGAUAAAUCAGGAUAAAGUGAAUAGCGAAGCUAUAUCUGUAACUGGUGGGGAAUCUGGUACAUCAUCUCCAGAUACCAUACCAUCUGGUAAGCCAUUAUCUAAGAAAAUCGAUGAAACUUUAUCGUUAAUUUACCAUCCUCAAUAUUUCCAUACAUUACACGAAGCACAGGAGUUUUUCCCAUACGACCCAUAUAACGAUGUUUUCUUUACGUUCCACCCUGGGUAUGCCUCUCCUGAAAACCAAGAUCUUUGGAUGAAUAGUACCAUGAAGGCACUAUUGGACACCAAAUGCGCUAUCUUUACCACUGGUUUCAACAAAUCAGAUUUACUAAACGAUGUUGAAAUUCUACAAAAGAAAUACGGUAAGGAACUUGAUAUGAUGAUGGAACCAACUAAAAACUUAUUUAGCUCUACCAAAUGGGAAUUAAACGACAUGAACCCACAAGAAGUGUAUCAAUUCAAUAUGUAUAUUGCUGGUUACAGAGGUAAGAGAUACCAUGCUGUCAAAUACACUUGA